CACAAAAAUGAUCAUAGCCGUUCAUUAUAUUUAAAAGAUUUUUUCGAGUGCUUUCACGAAAAAACUAGUUCAAUCAGAAACCUGUAGGUGCUCGAUCCAUUCGUCUAAAUUUUCAAUCAGAUUUGAGGAUCUUAAGAUCUGAAUGCCAAGUUACAUGAUUGGAUCGAAGACUUAUAGUUAUUGAAUUGAGCUGAUUUUUUGCGGAAGUUCUCGAAAAAAUACUUUAAAUUUAAAGAAUGACUUGGACCAUUGUGUAAGACCUAGAGUGGACCUCACAUAAUGAUCUAUUUGUGUCGACAGAUUUUUUGUUCAUGAACUGGUGACACUCUUGAGGCCCGUGCAUUGCUUUACAAUUAUUAUGAUGAUUUAGAGGUUGCUAAAGUUAAAGUUAGUAAUGUCAAGUUUCACGUUGUUUAUUUUUUGUCCAUAUUCAAAACCAAUGGACCCACUGCCAGCUGGUUCUUUCCUCCAAAAACUUUCCUUCAUUUUCACGCCUAUUUCAUCCCUCCGAAAAUAGUUUUUGAAAAGAAAAAUCCUCAAAAAGAUUGUUUUUAAAAAAAAAAAAAUAUCGUUUUUGCAAACAUUGUUGAAAAAGAAAGGGAGAGAGAAAGAGAGAAAAUGGAAGAAAGAGCUUUUUUGUAAUGACAGCUGUACUUGAUUGAAAAAAUAUGAAAACCACUAAAUUUAGUUAUUAAUAAAAGGUUAUAGGUUUUAAUUAUCUAAAUGUCUAAAUUUAAUUAUUUGUUAAGAGGUUGGUUGAUUAUUACAAAUAUAAGCACUUUUUCAGCAAGUGAUUAAAGUGGGUGGAGGGGAUUGAUAGUGCAAUCCUACCAUCUAUCCCCCAUCAUACAGGGCCAACCUGGAAUCGUAAACUUUACCCUUGCUUUCAAAUCCCAAAUUUAUAACCAAUUCUUAAAUCCAUGGCUUCCAUACCCAUCUUCCUCAUCCCAAUCUCCCACUUCCAUUUUCCAUUCCCGCAACUUCCCAUCCCAACAUCUCCCGUUCAGCCCGAGUUACGGCCGCUAAACGAACCAAGUUACUAGAGUUCGUGCUCAUGUUGCCACAAGGGUUCGUGCUCACGUUCGUUUGUUAAAAACUUCUUCGAGAUUGGUUUGUUAGGUAAAUAAACCAAGCUCAAACUUUUUUUUCUAAAAUUUCAUUAAAUUUUCAAACCAAGUUUUAUCAACCCCUUGCUCGGCUCCUUUGGCUCACCCUAGCUCGGGUUUACCAAUACACUGCCCCGAAAAUGCUAGACUGGUGCUUCGGACCUCGGCAGCUAUGGAAAAUCAAGAUUUUCGUCCGUAACCGAAAGAUAAUGCUUCUGAUCGGUUUGACAUUAAUGGUCAUCGUCAUCCACGAACACCUCGGAGCCGGAAAAGAUAAUGCUUCUGAUCGGUUUGACCUUAACGAGCAGUUCUACUCCACCCGCCGCAUCCUCGAGGAGGCCGAAUCCACUGCAACUGCAGCCGCUGCCACCACUGGAACUGCGGAGAACAGCUACGCCAGCGUGGACAUGACAAAGAUUUGGGUGGGCGAAGAUGAGCAUGAAGAAAAACCUGAUCCAAACAAGCCUUAUAGUUUGGGACCCAAGAUAUCUAAUUGGGACGAGCAAAGAGCUGCAUGGCUGGGAGAAAAUCGCAAAUUCCCUAAUUUUGUCGGACCCAAUAAGCCUCGGGUUUUGUUAGUUACCGGGUCAUCGCCGGAACCAUGUAAAAACCAAGUUGGCGAUCAUUACCUAUUGAAAUCGACCAAGAACAAGAUUGAUUACUGUAGGGUUCAUGGGAUUGAAGUGUUUUACAACUUUGCUUUGUUUGAUGCGGAAAUGACUGGGUUUUGGGCUAAGCUUCCGUUGAUUCGGAAGCUCUUGCUGUCUCACCCGGAAGUCGAGUUCUUUUGGUGGAUGGAUAGUGAUGCUAUGUUUACCGAUAUGGCGUUCGAGGUGCCGUGGGAGAGGUACGAGGAUCACAAUUUCGUUUUGCACGGGUGGAAUCAUGAGGUUUACGAAAAUAAGAAUUGGGUCGGGUUGAACACGGGUAGUUUCUUGUUGAGAAAUUGCCAAUGGUCUUUGGACAUUCUUGAUGUCUGGGCUACGAUGGGCCCCAAAGGGAAAAUUAGGGAAGAGGCCGGAAAGUUACUCACUGAGGAACUUAAAGAUAGGCCGGUUUUCGAAGCUGAUGAUCAGUCUGCUAUGGUUUAUAUUCUUGCGACCCAGAGGGAAAUGUGGGGGAAUAAGGUUUAUCUUGAGAGUGCUUAUUAUUUGCACGGUUAUUGGGGUAUUUUGGUUGAUAGGUAUGAAGAGAUGAUUGAGACUUACCAUCCGGGUCUUGGGGAUCAUAGGUGGCCGCUUGUGACUCACUUUGUCGGGUGCAAGCCGUGCGAAAAGUUUGGGGAUUUUCCGAUGGAAAGAUGUUUUAAGCAGAUGGAUCGUGCUUUCAACUUCGGGGACAAUCAAAUCCUGCAAAUGUACGGGUUUACGCACAAGACGCUUGCAAGUAGGAGGGUGAAGAGAACUAGAAACGAGACAAGCAACCCUCUUCAGGUUAAGGAUGAACUUGGUUUGCUUCACCCUGCAUUCAAAGUUCUUAAGAUAUCGUCUUCUUGAGGACCCACGGAGGUGGUGCAUCGAAAUCAAAGAUGGAGGUGCCCUUACAGUAUCAUAUUUCUUUGUUCAGUUUCUACGUAGAGUCCGUAAAUAAGUUUUUAUGGAGGUAAAUCUGAACCGUUCAAAAGUGUUUUGAACAAUCCGGAUUGUAAACAAACUUUUCCGGGGAAGAGUUGGAAAAGUUUGUUUAAAAUUCGGACCGUCCAAAACAGUUUUGGACGGUUCGGAUUCACCCCGUUGUUAACAACUCUUCUAAGUAAUGGCUUUGGCACUCCACUUUAUGCAUAUCA